AUGGCAGGCAAGACAUCGAUGGCGAUGUUCUUGGCCCUAUCACUGGCCGUGUUCUCCCUGGCCAGCGCGUGUGGGGGGAAUUGCCCGACGCCCAUGACGCCAUCAACCCCGUCGACCCCGACACCGACCCCGGCGUCGCUCGGUAGGUGCCCGCGCGACGCACCGAAGCUGGGCGUCUGCGCCAACGUGCUUGGCCUGAUCAAGGCCAAGGUGGGGCUGCCGCCCACUCUUCCCUGCUGCCCGCUGCUGAAGGGGCUCGUCGACCUCGAGGCGGCCGUGUGCAGAGUGCUCAAGGCCAACGUCCUCGGCAUCAACCUCAACCUCCCCAUCGACCUCAGCAUCAUCCUCAACCACUGCGGCAGGAACGUGCCCACCGGCUUCAUGUGCUAA